AUGUCAAUCAGACCCUUGAAGAGAUCGGAUACGACGCUGAGCGAUGAUACUGAGCUUACGAACGUCACGUAUAACGACAAGUACGUUAUAGUGUAUGACUUUGGUAAUAUCGAUGACGACGUCGCCAUCGCAGAAUGCAGGACGCUAUUGCAUGACCUAGAGUCUGCAGGCCUCAAUACUGAGGUACGCCCUGGGUAUGAUCAAACAUUGUUGGUGUUUGUCCAAGCGCCCAGAGAUCUGCUUGGCAACACAGUCUACAAGUCGCGAGUCAAAGAUUGGCUGUAUGGCAUCACUAAAGACCAUCCUGGCGGGACCGCUAAGACCGUUGUCACAGCAGAGUUCGAAGCCGAAGAUCUGCUUUCCAUGUAUCACCUUGUCAACUGGCGCAAAGAGCUUGGAGGCGCAGGUAUUACACCAGAGUUUCCACCAUGGGAAAACGUGACCGCAAUCUUCCCGUUACACAACUCAGGUGCAAACCGCGCGUUGUUGGCCCAUCUGAGCACUCGUGUGUUCUUAGAACCAGCCGACCUGGAUCGUAUACGUGAUCUAUGGGGUGCCAAAGUUGCCUUCUACUUUGCCUUCAUCCAGACUUACUUUCGAUCUUUGGCAUUCCCUUGCGCUGCUGGUGUAUUUGCCUGGGCAUUCUUGCCGAAAUACUCUCUGGUGUUCGCACUACUAAUCGGAGUCUGGUGCACUGUGUUCUUGGAGUAUUGGAAGAUCAAACAGACCGAUCUCGCAAUCCGAUGGAAGGUACGAGGCGUGGGCGACCUCAAAGUCAACCGUCCGCAGUUUCGCUAUGAGCAAGAGAUCAUCGACUCAGCUGGAAGAGUUCGGCAUGUAUUCCCAAGAUGGAAGAGGAUUGUGCGUCAAUUGGUCGUCAUACCAUUCGUUCUUGUCAGCACUCUGUUACUCGGGAUUCUAAUCGCAUUCGUCUUUACCAUCGAGACAUUCAUUGGAGAAGCUUAUGAAGGGCCUUACAAGUUCUAUCUGGAAUACCUGCCUACGGUGCUUCUUGCAGUUUUCUUGCCAUACGCGACGAACUUUCUGGAAGACAUCGCUACUGCGCUGACGGAAUACGAGAACCAUCGAACAGCUGAUCAUUACGAGAUGUCGCUCACUCAAAAGAUCUUUGUGCUCAACUCAAUCACCAACUAUCUACCAAUCCUUCUUACAGCAUUCAUAUACGUACCCUUCGGUGGACAAAUUAUACCGUUGCUGGAACGCGUUAUCGAUGCCACACUAGGCGCGCAGACUAGAGCCAAGAUGGUGUUCAAGGCCGACCCUGACCGGCUGCGUAACGAAGUCAUCGCGCUCACCGUAACAGGGCAGGUCUCGAGCGCAAUCGAAGAGCUUGCGCUACCUUGGCUGAAGACUCAGGUCAAACAAUGGUGGCGUGACCGACAAGCUAGCCGAGCAAAGAAUCGCAGCAGCGACCCUUAUGAGAGUCCAACUGCAGAAGAUCCAGCGGAAUCUCGCUUUCUACGGCGCACGAGACGGCAAGCUUUGAGACCAUCAUACAACGUCCAAGAGGAUAUUGCAGAGAUGGUCAUUCAGUUUGGCUACCUUGCGCUCUUCAGUCCUGUGUGGCCUCUCGUGCCGAUCGGCUUCUUCAUCAACAACUGGAUCGAGCUGCGGUCGGACUUCCUGAAGAUCUGUGUCGAGCAUCAGCGUCCUCACUCAACACGUAGUGACGGAAUCGGGCCGUGGGUGGCCAGUCUAGAGUCAUUGACAUGGUUGGGGAGUAUAUCCAGUGCGGCCAUUGUACACAUGUUCGGUUCCCAGCAAUUCCUUGGCAAAUAUCUUGGCUUGAGCAUGUGGGCCAGCUUACCGGUGACGAUCCUCAUUUCCGAACACAUCUUCAUGGGCUUCAGAGCUGCUGUGCGAUUUGCCCUAGCCAGGAUCGGUUCGGAGCAGACUCGGAAAGAGCGCGCAGAGCGAUACGCGAGGAGAAAGAAGCAUCUGGACGAGCUAGAGGCAACUGCAGAGAAGAAGUCCCAUCUUGACGUGACGGAGCGGGAGAGACGUAAAAGCGUUCGAAUCAAUGCAGCCGACAUAUUCUGGACGAAACAAGCUGAAGUAGGAGCCAGCGCGGAUGCCGGCGUAAGUAUCAUCAAAGCAUUGAAGGGUGCACAGAAGGAGAGCAUCGUGACUGGUCGAGAGAACAAGAUUGAUUGA